UAAUGCUGCUGCCUCAAAUCUCAUAUCAACAACCGGAAGAUUUGACCUUCAUGAACCCAAAAAUUUAUUCCGUCUAUGACCAUAUAAUGGGGCAUGCAUCACCCUAUGUGAUAACGAUAGAGGCUUUACGCCCGGAUCUUGAAUUUAUUGUACGUGUCACUACCUCCCGGCAGGAUUUCCUGAUAAACAAAUUGUAUGUCAUCGAGAACGAUAAGCAUAAAAUUUGGAAAAAAUCGGAUAAUAUUCGAGUUGAUUUAAUGUUGGCUGGAAUACAUCGCGAUUAUGACUUGCCCUAUAAGCAGGGAUACAUUUAUAUAGGUAAGCGUGCCUUUUGGAAUACAGGAAGGUUUAUGAUUCGUGUGGAUUUGUUGCCUUAUUCAAAAAAUUUGUCACCGGAUUAUAAGGGCAGGCAAACACUAAUUAAAAUUGAUUCCAAUAAGGGGUGCUACCUUAAUCCAAGAUUUACGGAGUGCUCAGAUCCAACGAGGCCGCUAAUCGUGUCCGUGGCUCAGUUUUAUGAACUUGAGGCACACGUAGACUACUGUCCCAAUACUAAAAUUUCUUUUCGUUGGUUAGCAUAUGAUAUUCUCGGAAACGAAAAACUGAAAGAAUGGGAAGAGUCCAGGGUGCCACUACUUCGAAUAGAACGCUUUGCACUCAAUAUGAGACCAUCGAAUGCGCAUGAAUUCGAUAAGUAUUCGAUAAUGAUACGUGUGAUCGCAGAUAGAGAAGCAGGACACUGCUAUAUAGACUUGGUCCAAGGGGAUGUGAGCGCAGUUAUUGUAGGAGGUAAUGAGCGGGACGUGAAUCGUUACGAAGUCAUAUAUGUCAAUGGCUCCUUAAGCCGUGAAUUGGCUGAAGGCGAAGACUCCAGCAACUUGGACUUCCUUUGGAGUUGUUAUAGUAGUUGCGAUCAAAGUAAUUGGUACUGUCAAAAGAAUAUGAGUUCCGCAAAAAUAAUACGUAUUCCAAGGUAUACGCUGAAGAUGGACUGCAGUUACAAGUACACCCUGGAAGUCUCUAUUGAUAGUAAGUACGCAAGCGCUACUCAGACGCUAAAUGUGGUUAAAUACAGAACAGUGGACUUUUAUAUACUGUGUUUGCGAAACUGUGCCGGCGAUGUUUACCAUCCAAAUGAAAAGGUUGAUCUAUUGGCAGUUUGCCUAGAUUGUGGAGAUGCUAAAAUUGACUAUCAAUGGUCCGUUGAUAACGAGAUAAUGAUUGAGGACGAACGCCUCUAUGUAUUUCUACGAACACCAUUCGAAAGUGUUAUCAUUGAAGUAUCAGGACUGACCCAUGAUUAUCGCACUAAUACGAGAAAACUAGUCCUUAAAAAAAAUUUUGGACCCGUAGGCCCUGGCUGUAGCAUCGAGCCCGAAACAGGUCAAGAGUUUGAUACUAUGUUUAAUGUGCAAUGCCUGAAUUUCAAGACUAACUACAACCCUAAAAGAUUCUUCAUUAUCGCGGCCAAGGUCAUACAGGAGGUAUUCUACUCGGAAAGUAUGAAGCUGUUGUUGCCGGUGGCUAAAUCGAUAACAGUACGAGUUUGUGACUUCUACAAGGCGUGUAAUGAUGUAUCAGUCGAGGUCAACGUAAAGGAGCAGUACAUACCAACUGGUUCCACGACAAAUCAGACGCUGGAAGACUUUCUGUCUUCCGGCUUAACAGAUGUGGCCGUUCUGUUUAAAAGAGGAUAUCGCAACAAAGCCUACAUAAUACUUAAUUCAGCCGCAAGGCGCAUUAAGAGCGUUAAAGAGGCAGCUACUAUCUUGCGCUUUUUUAAUAAUUAUCAGCCGCGCUCUGUCUUGGAACUCGGGAAAUUGGCCAAUGUAACCAAGUCACUGGCCAUCUCUUUGAAUCCCAUCAGUGAUGACGGUGUCCGUGUGCUGACAAAAGCCGUGGAGUCCAUAAAUCAUAUAUUUGCAGAAAUUACAGAAAAUGGCGAGAUAGACAAUUUACGUGAAUAUCCAUUUCGCAAUGUUACGGUCAGAUGCAUUCUUAUUCAACGUAUGUUCCAAAAUCUUACGGACAAGUUACCUCCGCCACCUCAGUUCAUUGUUGAUAUGGUCAAGCCGCAUGCGAAGCUUACAUCGGAACAUAUAGCCAAGGUACGCAAGGAGAUAAAACAAAUACCAGAAAAGGAUGUGAGACUUAACACUGAAAUGUGGUUGAAUGCCACAUACAAUGCGAAUAGACUGUAUAACUAUCUGUUCUUCACUAAUGAGAUGGGUCUAGGACUUGACGAUGAUGAUGGUCAGACCAUUUCGAUAGGCGUUGCCAUGGACGUGGAAUGUGUUGAAACAUAUAAAGAGUAUAUUCUCAAAUCAUACGAUCACAUCAAUAAGGUGACUUUUUCAGUGGGACUUUUGGAAGAGUUGUCAGAUAAAUUGAAUAGUAAUCAUUUCGUUUGCGUCCGUAUGGUAUCUAUAGUCCGUAACCUGAACUGGUGGUACCCGGAUGAGCGGCAACCAAGUGCGCGUUUGCUGAAGGUGCGCGCUUUUACCAAUUCCUCGGAACUAAUUGGAACACACAAGCUGAAUAACAAGAUUGAGUAUAUUACACUUAUUGGUAAAUACAAGCCGAUUGAACGUCCUCCAGAUAUACUUUCAAGGAAUAGCCGCCCUACAUUGGUUUACCGUAAAUCCAAUGAAUUCAUUAUUAGUGAAUCAGAAUUGGAAUUCAAUAGAUCCAAGACUCCUGUAUCAUCAAUUGCCAUGCCAAACCGCCGUAAGCCUGCCCGUCCACAUCUAGGACCCUCAUUUCGUAUUGUCGAUGAACACUCGGCUGACCGAGUCUCUACGGAAGGUAUCUUCGAAAAUAUGGUUCUACACGACCAGCUCACUUCAGUUAGGGACUAUAAGAUCUAUCGCGUGAACAUUGAGGCCCAAGGGCUGUUGGCCGUGCGCUUCGUGAAUACAACUCACGAUGUGGUGGUAAAGUUGCAGACCGUGAAUCAACCUUUCCGUGACGAAAUUAAAACAUCAUCGUGCAUUGUCUACGCCAAUGAAACGGAUCGCAUUAUGCUACUUCGUAACCCAUGCCCCAAAGCAGUUAAAGCCUAUAUGGGCUUGGCUUUAGCCACCAACGAUAGUCAUGAUUUGGUGAACGGUUCGGCUGAGAUAUAUUUCCUUUUUCAGCUCCGCGACUGCGACUAUUGGAUGUACAAUGAUCCAGUUGAUCCGCAUUGGUCCCAGUAUGGCUGCCUGCCAGCCAUGGAACUUGAUAUUCAUACUGGAAUAAUUUGCAUAUGCGAAUACCUAAGCACAUAUACAGCCUAUGUGUACAAUGUACCCAUUAUACCAGUGCCCAUAAAUCAUUCGACGGAUUUUCUAAACAGGAAUAUUUACAUUGCGAUCUUCAGUUGUUUCUGGUUGUCAUUAAUAUUACUUAUAUUGUUUGUGUGGUGCUGUAGCAAAAGGCUUAUUGCGCUAGAAUGCUCAAGGCCGGAUGAUGAGGUGGAACAACAACUUUUUGAAGGCAACGAGGAACAUAUGUUUCUUAUUCAUCUAAAAACGGGAGGAGGUGAAAAUAGCGGUACCACGGCCAAUGUUCAGAUACGAUUUGUGCAGCCAACGCAUGAACAGGUUUGCUACACCAUAUCCCAGGAUCCUACGCGACCCAAGCUUCGCACAAAUACCACACAUACAUUGAUUUUAAGAUCGCGCAUCAUACGUUUACCCACUCAGCUGCAAAUUAAUCAUGACGGUGGUGGACGUUACUCCUCCUGGUACCUUAGCAGUGUGGUUGUACAGGACGUAACGACCCAGACAACGCAGGCAUUCAAAAUCCAUUUGUGGUUGCGGACGCACAACACAGUUGUAUCACGUGGCAAAAUAAUUGACAAACAAGACAGAUUCGUGGGAAGAUGGUGCUAUCGUUUCAAGCGCAGCAUGGAGCGCAAUUGCACCAAUUGGUUCGGAGUUCAACCAGUUAUAGGCAGCUGGCGUUGGCAUCUCGGCAACCGCUGUUUCUCGCGCUUUGAGCGCGUCUGCAUCUUUGUUAACAAGCUAGGCGUAACAGUUUGCAUCAUUGUCCUCUAUUUUGGCAAAGAUAGCGAACAUAACCGGGAGAUGUUAUUUCGAAAGACACGUGGAAAGAUGUUGCUGCCUAUUAUUGAGAUAAUCUACCUAUCCUGUGUGUGCUACCUUGCCAGUUGUAUAGUUCAGUUUUUCUAUGAAAUUUUGCUUGUCAAAAUUGCAAGACUGUAAACCGGGUUAACAAAUUCUGUAUUUCUGUUUCAAUAAAAUUGUGUCACCACAA